GCGUGGAAAGUAAUCACUAGUAAUAGAGUAAGAUUCGCGAAAAGAUUCUCGGUCGUUGAUUCGAUUGUUAAUAUGAUGUUGAAUAUUUUCGAGAUUGGAGACUUUCUGGUUGAUAAUAUCAAGAUCGAGGGAAGCAAACUUCCACGGACAGUCGAUGGAUUGAUACAUCGCAGAAAAGCGUCGAUGUCUCCUUGACAUUAGGAAUGGAAGAACAAGUGCCAAGGCAUUAUUGUUUUUUUUUCUACUAUGUUUAUGCGUCCUGCUGUUUGACGGGACAAUUGUAUGUAUACCAACGUUCUCGAUGUGCGCUUUAUGCGUUUCUUACGUACACUUUUUACAUUGUGAUAGUUCAUGGCCAAAUAGCGACGGAGUUUCAGGUGAAAGCUGAGUUAAAUACGCUUUAUGGGUUCUACAAAUAUCUUAAAUAGAAUAUAUAACGUGCAAAUGCACUUUAAACCGAAUAAAGUUAUAUUUAAUGAAAGAAUUAACAGAAUAUUUCUGACUAAAAGGAUGUUCAUUUCUUUCGAAAUAGUAGACCAUCUUAAAGAAGAGAAGAAGAUCUCUCUACUAGCUACUCAAAACCGGUCAACUUUAACCAAUCGGAUCUUUAAACGUAUCGUAGCCCAGCCAAAUCCUCCCCAAAUUCCACUCGAUAUUUUGAAACUAUACAAUAACUCCCGUGUAAUCGAUACAUUUCGUUCACUGUCCACAAAAUUCUAUCCGGACUAUGUACCGCAUUACCUAUCCCCUUAGACCACCCUAGAGAUCCUGUGUCAUGUCCCUCGUUAACGACGAAAGAAACCGCGUAAAUAACUAAAGCGGGAUGAAGAAUUCGACGGAUCGAAAGGGCGAGAGGCCGUGACGGUUUGGUGUGCGCGGUCGGUCGGCACCGGGUCGAGACAGAGAGAGAGAUAGAGAGAGAGAGAGAGAGAAGGAACGACAGGAGGCGUGGCAAAACCGCGCACACUCCACGUGACCCUGUCGUUCCGGAAGGCGGGACUUCGGGAGCCGGCACACAAUUACAAGGGCAGUAGAACGGGCUGGUGGUCGCCGGUGCUCUCUCUGUCGUCGCGCGCGCGGAGCACCUCGAGUCGCGCUCGUUCCACGAACAACACCUGCCGCCGCCGAUCGCCGUACAUUCGUGCACGCUUUGUUCGUCCUCUUGCCUGUGACUCCUUCUCGAAAGUGCUAACCCUAUUUGUCAUCGUCGUAAUCGAUCGAUCAGACCAUUUUAGGGAGAAAGAUACCUGGACCGAAAAAAGCUCGGUAUCAUGGAUCGUAAAAGCAAAUUAAUCGAAGAAACGCGCGUCCACGCGAAAGAAUGAGACUCGCCGGUUCCAGAGAAGCGACUGCAAAGAAUCUUCGUUGAUAUCGAUUAAAGGAUAUUGAGGCAAGAUGUUGCUACCUCAAGAUAUGAUGGCAGCCCAGUCGAAGAUGCUGUAUCAGAUGAACAAGUAUUAUGGCGAGCGGGUGCAGGCUCGAAUGGGCCAAGUACAAAAGACCAUCCGGGAAGUGUGCAAGGUGGUGCAGGAGGUUUUGAAGGAGGUCGAGGUUCAAGAACCACGGUUUAUCUCCUCCUUGACCGAGUGCAACGGCCGCUACGAGGGCCUCGAGGUUAUCUCACCCGGCGAAUUCGAGGUGGUCCUCUACCUGAACCAGAUGGGAGUAUUCAACUUCGUCGACGACGGCACCCUGCCGGGUUGCGCGGUGUUGAAACUCAGCGACGGUCGGAAGAGGUCCAUGUCGCUCUGGGUGGAGUUCAUCACCGCCUCCGGCUACCUGUCCGCAAGGAAGAUUCGUUCGAGAUUUCAAACACUGGUGGCACAAGCUUGCGAUAAGUGUGCCUACAGGGACUCCGUGAAGAUGAUAGCGGACACCACGGAGGUAAAGCUUCGUAUCAGAGAGAGAUACGUGGUGCAGAUCACGCCGGCGUUUAAAUGUUCCGGCGUGUGGCCGAGAUCGGCGGCGCACUGGCCGAUUCCUCAUAUACCGUGGCCGCAUCCGAACCUUGUGGCGGAGGUUAAGACGGAAGGAUUCGACCUGCUGUCAAAAGAGAGCGUGGCGCUUCAAGGAAAACAGUCGGCCAUGGAGGGUGACGCCUGGGUUCUCUCAUUCACGGAGGCAGAAACGAGAUUGUUGCAAGGUGGCUGUCGUAGACGAUGCUUAAGCAUCUUGAAGACUUUGAGGGACAGACACCUGGAUCUUCCGGGAAAUCCAGUGACCAGUUAUCAUAUGAAGACGUUGUUGCUCUACGAAUGCGAGAAACAUCCCUUGGAGACCGAGUGGGACGAAGGAUGUUUGGCAGAUCGCAUUAACGGAAUCUUCCUGCAGCUGAUAUCCUGCCUUCAGUGUCGAAGAUGUCCUCAUUAUUUCCUGCCUAAUCUGGAUCUGUUCAAAGGAAAGUCGCCAAGCGGCUUGGAAAACGCGGCUAAACAAGUGUGGAGACUGACGAGAGAAUUACUAACCAACAGUCGUGCACUGGAGAAACUUUAGCUGAACCGGGAAUUUCGCUUUUGAAGUUCCAAAUUGAGGAAUAUAAUAAAGAGAAAGACAGAGACAAGCGAAAGUUGGAGGAACGUUGGAGGAACGUUGAAGGAUUCGGUGACUCGCGUGAAUCACGAUUUUCAGGAUGCUGCUUUCGCGACAGUUCUUUGCCUGCUUUUUACCCUCGUAAACGUGGGAAGCCUACUUUCACUCGCUAUCUUCUUGCACACGCUGCAGCGUACCAGGGUAUAGGGAUGGUGUAACAAGUUUCAUUACGGUUAUCCCUUUCCUCUUCCUUUCUUCUCUUUUUCUAUUAUUUAAUAGUUUUUAAACCAUGGUACGAAUAAUGCGAGUCAAACGUUGUUCAGUGCAACGUUUCGUUCCAGUGCAAUAUCGUACAGCCAGUGUCCUGUUUCGUACGAAAGCAAUUGUUGCUAGGUUCUACGUUGAUUUUGUAUAAAUCGAAUAUUUCGUUUCGAAAUGGGCACGUUAAAUUUUGUAGACUGAAUCGAAUGUUAAUCGAGGUGUCCACCGAUCAUUAGAAAUACGUACUAGUUUGGAAGAUAUUAGUAUUACUGCGUUUUUUAUACGACUGAAGCUUUCGCUUGGAGCGGAAUCUCCUGCUUAUUAACGCAGCUCGAACGAUUUUUCUACGUAGCGUUGCAGUAUGCGAGAGAUUAAAUAGAUACUCGGUUAGCUACUCUUAUUCAUCUAAUGGCUAAUGUGAAUUGUCGUGUGAUCCGUUAUCGUUAAAUUAAUCUAAUGUUUAUGAUCGGUUAGCAAUCGAGCUGCCGACGGUAGCUUGGCCACCAUAUUGUUGUAUGUACAUAAUUCUUUAUAUUAUUUAAACGAUAUUUAUUUCUCAAGAGAAUCGCUGUUCGAACACAUAAUGUAAAUAUAAACUAAUAAAUGCAUUUCGUCUCAUAAUAAGAAUGCAUGUAAUUGAUUUGAAACCUUUGCUUCGAGUUACUGUGAUUAAUAUGAGAUUAUUAAAACUUGAAUUUUUAACAUCAUAAAUAUUUUAAAUCGAAAAAGAUGGAAAUUAA